UUUCCUCUUUCUGCGGUUCAUUGCCUCCUCAUCCUAUCAUCAGCGAUCAGUCCACGCCGUGUAUCUAAUCCCACCGUUAACGAGUCAUGAAACCCGUCAGUUUCUUGCUCUGCUUGAUCUUCUUGGUUGUGGGGUUUCGAGAAUCCGUGCAGGGCCGGCCGCUCUCAGUCUCCAAACCCGACCCCAGAAACGCCGCCGCAACUGCCCGGUGGCUGGUCGCCCAGAAUUCGUGGGGCGUCUUAAAUACCAUCUCCAGUGAGCUGGGUGGAGCCCCAUUCGGGAAUGUGGUUUCCUUCAGUGAUGGGUCACCGAAUGAGGGCAGGGGCAUCCCCUACUUCUACUUGACCGCUCUUGACCCGACUGCAAAAAAUGCUUUGAAGGACGGCAGGGCUUCACUCACAGUCAGUGAGUACCCAUUAGGAACCUGUGGCAAGAUCGAUCCCGAGAACCCAACAUGUGCAAAACUAACACUUACUGGAAAGUUGAAGAUAGUUGAGGAAAAGUCCGAUGAAGCACAAUAUGCUAAAAGUGCCUUGUUCACCAAGCAUCCUGAGAUGAAAACAUGGCCGAAGAGUCACAAGUUCCAGUUCUUUAAGUUAGAGAUUGAGAACAUAUUCUUGAUAGAUUGGUUUGGUGGCCCGAAACCUCUCACACCCGAGCAGUAUCUGCACCCAAAGACAAACAAUCCUGACUCUGUCCAGUAAAUGAGAUUCAAUAUGAGAUUCGAAUCUGUUAUACGUAUAAAUGAGAUUGGGAUCUCUGGCUUAUAUGGUAUGGCUGCUAUGAUAAUUAAAGUCAUCGUUCGGUGCAGGGGUCGGGGCAAAUGAAGUUGAUCAUUGUAAAUAAUGGCAAUGUCUUGUUCCUGAGCAAUAAAACCAUUUCUUCUAUCUGUAUAUCGUUCUAACUGUGCAUAAUGAAAGUGGCAUGUCAAUUUCGUAUUUCCUA